AUGAAGAUCAAGGAGUUGAAGAAAACUGUGAACGUAAGCUGGUCGCCAGCGGAGUAUUAUCCAAAUAUGCUAGUAGCCGGCUCUGCGGCACAGCAGGUUGAUGCUUCGUUUAACUCAAAUUCCUACCUAGAACUGUAUUCUCUUAACCUAGAAGACUCUAGCCUUGAUUUCGAACUUAAAUCUAGUAUUCAAACACAACAUAAAUUCCAAAAGCUAGCAUGGUCAGGUGCAGGUAUUAUUGUAGGUGGAUGUGAUGGAGGUUUACUUGAGUUCUAUAAUGCUGAGAAACUUCUUAAUAGUGCUAAUGAUGCACUUGUCAGUAGUAACUCCAAACAUAGUGGUCAUGUAUCAGCGUUAGAUAUAAAUCCUUAUCAAAAGAAUCUACUUGCAUCUGGAGCUUCAGACAGUGAGAUUUUCAUAUGGGAUUUGAACAACACAGCCCAACCAAUGGCUCCUGGGAACAGGAGUCAGCCGUAUGACCACGUCCAGGACUUAGCGUGGAACCAACAGGUACAACACAUCUUGGGAUCGACAUUUGCCACCAGGUGUCUUGUGUGGGAUUUAAGGAAAAAUGAACCUAUCAUGAAAUUGAGCGACUCCCAGUUCCGCACGCGAUGGCGCGCGCUGGCGUGGCACCCGGCCGUUGCCACGCAGCUGUGCAUCGCCUCCGAGGACGACGCGGCGCCCGUCAUACAGCUGUGGGACUUGAGGCUGGCAGCGUCCCCGCUGGUGACGCUGGAGGGGCACGAGAAGGGGGUGCUGUCGCUGUCGUGGAGCCGCCACGACGAGGACCUGCUGCUGUCCGCCGGCAAGGACGGCCGUCUGCUCGUCUGGAACCCCAACAACACUAAACCUGGCGGGGAGCUGGCGGUGGAGGUGGGGCGGCAGGCGGCGUGGGUGUUCGCGGCGGCGUGGAGCGCGCGCGCGCCGGGCCUGCUCGCCGCCGCCGCCUUCGACCACUCGCUGGCGCUGCACGCGCUGCUCGCCACCAGCGGCAGCGCGGUCAGUACAAUACACAAGCCUUGUGACUGGCAGCAGAGCGCGGCGAGCGCCAGCAACAUCAUGGAGUCGUUCGGCGGCGCGCCGGCGCUGGCCGCGCUGCCGGCCGUGGCGCCCGCUCCGCCGCUGCCCGCGCGCCCGCAGCCGCCGCGCGCGCCGCGCUGGCUGCGCCGCCCCGCACGCGCCGCCUUCGCGUUUGGUGGUAAAUUAGUGACAUUUGAGAAAUGUCCUGAAGACGCCGGCUCACAAAAACUCGUGUACAUCAGUCAGGUUGUGAGCGACCCAGAUAUAGUGGAAAAAGCUAAUGAAUUAGACAAUAUUAUAGCAUUGACCCAAAGUCAAGAGCCCGGAGCUGCUGAGAAGUUGGCAGAGUAUUGCCGCGCGAAGGGCGACGCGGCGACGGAGCAGGCGGAGCGCUCCGUGUGGUUCUUCCUGCGCGCCAGCUUCCUGCCCUCCUUCCGCGACGACGUGCUCAACAUGCUCGGUUUUAAACAAGAUGAAAUUCCAUCUAAAUUCAAAGGCCAGCCCACAGAGAGUCGCGCGCCCGACACGGCUGCGCUUAGCAGAGGAGAAAGUACGGAAACCGAGGCGGAACUGUCCACAGACACCAGUACUGACUUAUCUGACGCCCAGACGUUGGUCGAGAGGAAGCUGGCUAACGUGGAGCUGGAACCGACGGUGACCGACGUCGUCAUACCUAAUGGAGAAGACAGCACGAGCCUGAUCUGCCGCGCGCUGGUGUGCGGCCAGCUGGAGGAGGCGGUGGAGCUGUGCCUGGACGCGGGCUGCGUCGCCGACGCGCUCGUGCUCGCCUCGCUAGGCAGCCAAGAGCUAGUGUACCGCGUGCAGCGCCACCACCUGAACGCGACGGCGGCGUCGCCCGUGGCGCUGCUGGCGGGCGGCCUGCUGCUGGCGCGCUGGCCCGCGCUGCUGCGCGCCGCCGCGCCCGCCGCCUGGCGCCACGUGCUGGCCGCGCUCGUCGCGCACUGCGACGCCGAGAACUUGGCGCACUACUGUGGUGAGACACCUUGCUUAUUGACGCUGCUGUUAUUA